AGGAGGGCGUGAGUUUAGUUGUUGAAUGACGGCCCUACCGGCGGCCGUCUGUUGGUUGGCGUGUUGACAGAACGACGCAAUCUAUGGAAUACGCACACAAGAAAUAUCCAGUCCCUUUUUAUUCGGAAAGUUGAACUCAGGAGGUCAACCUUCGUUGCGUUAACGUGGGGGACAAAGUGGUGCCUAGGCCGAGACGAGGUGCUCGCAUGCAGGUUGGUGGUCCGGCGGGUUCUUUGGUGAGCGAGCAGCCAAAAACCCAGCAGUCGCCUCAACGCUAGACCAGAAAGGAUGGGGACGAACGGGGUAGACAACCCGACGCAGCCGUCUAGCGUGGUGUCCGGGGCGGAGCAGUCGGCAGUCGCCCCACCGGACGAGCAAGGCGAUGCUGCUCUCGAGUCGGGCUCGAAGAAGGAUGAGCGUUCAGCGGGGAGCGAGCGUAAACUCCCCCAAGAGGACAGCGCCGUGCAACUCAUCUCAUCCCCGGCUCUCGAAACUGACACGGCUGAGAGGCACGGCGGGGGAUUUGCGCCACCCGAAGGAGGUUUUGGCUGGCUGGUGGUUUUGGGAGCCACCUGGUGCAAUGGGUCCAUCUUCGGGAUUCAGAACUCUUUUGGCAUCCUGCAUAUGAUGCUGGUGAGGGAACAUGCAGACCCCGAGGACAAGACGGUUCAGUUCAAAGUGGCUUGGGUCGGGGCUCUCGCCAUGGGGAUGAUUUUCUUCUGUUCACCGGUGGUCAGCAUGUUCACGGACCACUUCGGCUGUCGGAAAACUGCCGUCGGUGGGGCGCUCUUGGCAUUCAUUGGACUGCUCAGCACGUCUUUUGCAAACUCGUUGAGCCUCCGCUAUUUUACUUACGGAAUAUUGUUUGGCUGUGGAUCCUCCUUUGCUUUCCAACCCUCUUUGGUUAUCCUUGGCCACUACUUUCGCCAGCGCCUGGGCCUUGCCAACGGCGUGGUGACGGCAGGAGCCAGCCUCUUCUCCAUGGUUCUCCCGGUUUUGCUGAACAAAGUAGUGGAACCGCUGGGACUCAGCAGAGCCUUCCAGAUCCUCAGCCUCUUCAUGCUUGUGCAAGCCUUGCUGGCGUUAAUGUUCAAGCCAUUGCUACCUGCUGGACCUUGCAUGGGACCAAUGGGCCCCGCUGAGCCUCAAACGCAGGCAGGGGCGACUCCUCCGAGUGGGAACUGGUGGUACAAGGUGUUGGCGGGGGUCAGAAAAUACUUCAACCUGCGAGUGUUUCGCAUCCUCACUUACCGUGUGUGGGCAUUUGGAGUUGCUACGGCUGUAUUAGGCUACUUUGUGCCUUAUGUCCAUCUGAUGAACUUUGUCAAAGAGCAGUUUAAGGGCACCGACAAGGAAUGGGUCCUCCUUGUUUGUAUCGGAGCAUCAUCGGGGGUGGGACGUCUCACUUUUGGCAAAGUCGGGGACCUCAUUCCAGGUCUGAGGAAGAUCUACAUGCAGGUGGCAUCCUUCAUAGCACUGGGACUCAUGUCCAUUAUGAUCCCACAGUGUUUUCUCUUUGAAGAACUUGUGGUGGUGUGUGUAUUCCUGGGACUGUGUGACGGAUGCUUCCUUACCAUGAUGGCUCCCAUCGCAUUUGAGCUGGUUGGGCCCAUGCAGGCCUCGCAGGCCAUUGGAUACCUGCUCGGGCUCAUGUCUCUUCCGAUGACUGCAGGUCCACCAAUUGCAGGUCUGCUACACGACUACUUUGGGGACUACACCGUAGCCUUCUCGGUAGCCGGUGUGCCCCCCAUAAUCGGAGGGGUGGUGCUGUUCUUUGUACCCCUGAUACACAGCCGACUGGCGCGUGGCAGCACGGGGGCAGCGCCAGAAGAGACGACCGCGCAUAUGUUACCCAAUGCCCAACCGAAACCAAAAAGCUGCUCCAAUGGAGACAUGCUACCCGGCUACACUGACGCUGAGACGCACAUCUAAUUUAGAAACGAUUACCCUUCUCCCAAUUACAUUGGCGAGACUGUCCAGUUGCCUGACCUUUGAUUUCGCCUCCUCCUCGACCCUGCUGAGUGGAUCUUUGUCAAGACAAACUGUGUGACCAAGUUUGAAGCUGGAGUGGUGAUGAUAAGAAGGCUCGCCGCUAUGCUAGUUAAGGAGGUGAAGCAAAACACAGUCUGAGAAGGCAGCAAAAUAUCCUCCAAGAGGAAUGAAAUGAAGAGAUUUUGUAUAAUUGGGAUUUAUCUCAAAAGCUUAAUAUUUUGCUAUGAUCUGGAAGUCUAAAUGGAAUUUCUUUUAAAGAUAUGAAUGUAAACUGUAUACGGUGGACCCCUGCAUAUUUACUCACCUAUUUGUGGAUUUUCUUUGCCCUAAUACUUUUCUCAACAUAUUUAAAUAUGUAUUUUUUUUAAUUUACGGAAACCAACCCAUAUUUUGUUAUUGGCUGUAUAUCCCUGUUUACUCAAUCAUUUGUCUUUUUUGGUUUUGUUAGUGGCUGUAUGUCCCUGUUAACUCAACCAUUUGUCUUUUUUGGUUCAUUCAGUUAUGAUAGGCGUCAAUUAUACACUGAUUUCCCGCUAUCCCCUACAAAUAGCAGGGGGCCAACUGUACUUUUUCACUGAGGAAACAUUUUACGGUGUACUCAUCAGAAAGUGUGAUCUAUCCCAUUACCUCGAAAAUGGAAAAUGAGUACAUUCUAUGGUAUAUUUGCGCCAACCGCGUGACGGCAUUAAGUUGAAUUACAUCACAGAAAGGAAACUGAUCUUUUUUUGUGUGCAUGGCGAAGUGACAGGCAACGUCUGUUCAGUCAACAUCAGUGAUGAUGUAAAAAAUGUCUUUGAAUUCUGUAAGAAUAACAAGCAUUCAUACUUGCAUUCUUACAGGGACACCUCUGCUGAUGAUUCCAGCUUUUACUUUUUCAUCUUCUUUGUUUUUCUGUCGAAACAACGGUGAGGGAAAUGUCUUGCGUUGCGAAUAUCAUGAGUGAAAAACAGCAAUCUCCUCACCUGAAAAUGUACUUGCUACUUUACCAGCCGCCUUCAUAGGAGACACAAGUUAACGUUUCAUAGACGCGUUUCAUACGCAAGCACAAGGAAAAUAUUGUUCAUAUUGCAUUUCAUGUCAGAUGCUUGAUGGAUAACACAAAGCUUGGUCACUCACAUUCCGCUUUUCGUUUCCAUUUUUACAUUUCUGUGAAGCUUUUGGUGGGAGAGUUCUCACUAAUGCCACAUGAUCUACGGCUUUAAUCAUGAAGUACUCUUAUCUUUUUUCAUUUCUGUACUGUCAGUUGUAUUGAGGUAGGGUAGUCUAAAUGACUUCAAGUGGAAUUUUUCUCACAUUUAAAAUGGCAUCUUAGCCUCUUGGAACUUUUCCCUUGCAGGGAGACUUUAUUCUUUCUACCCUUCUACCAUUUUCUUCAACAGUGAACUUGAACUGGGUCAUCUCACCAGAAGGAAAGAUUUAAUCUUCCUUCUUUUGUGUUAGUCACUAAUCCUCUCAUUCAUGCUUUUGUCCACCUUAUUCCUCGGCCUCUUGAGCCUUUACAUGAAUCAUGGGAGUGACUUUUGGUAUGAACAGGAACUGUCGUUUUGUUUACGUGGUACUGGUGGCGUGAGUCCAGUUGCCAUGUCAGUUAUCGACUGGUGGAAACGCUCGUUUUCACACAUCGUAAAAGAAAAAAAAUCAAUCCUGCUUUCUUCUAAUGUAGCGCGUUAGGAGGAUGACAUAAAAUAGUGUCCAGCGACAAGGUACAGUCGCAUGUUUCGCUACUUUCUGAACUCUUGGCGCUUCCGACAGUGAAUCAAUGAGCAACCUCAAACGCUUUGAGACGUAUCAUCACCCAUACAGUUGUAAAAUUGGUCGCAUUUUGUUAGGAGGUUGGGCAUAGUGGGCCAACCGCUAAAUCAUAUCAAUUUCACUACUUUCCACUCUAUGGUAACCACCUCACGUGUUGCCUAAUAAUAGCAACAACAUCAUAUGCAGAUUAAUAUUAGAAUACUGAAUGUAAUUAUUGCAUUCAGGUUAAUACUGACCAGCAACAAUCUAAAUGCACGCCACAUAGGAACGUUCAGAAAAAAUUAAAACUCCAUGUUGUUGCCUGACUAACACUAGUACUAAUAUUUUGCCAUGUAGCUUUUGUGUUGUGUCUUCAUAUACUUAUACACUGCUCUCCAUCUUUAAUCUUUGUUGGGUAGCCGGCGAAUCUUUCAAAUCUUUUCCAGUGGUUGCCGUAAAACAAAAAUAAAGUUUGAUGCGAGCGUUGCUCCUUGGGUUUUUUUUAGGCCCCAAAUGAAGGGAAAGCAUAUGUACCCGAGACAAUGUCAAGGUUAUAUUUAAAAUAAAUAAAUCGUCCUAGAUUUUCUGCAUUCCUCAUUCUCGGUAAAGCGCUGGGAACUGUACUCAUUCUCACAACGUUUGCUUUUCUCUUGGGUGCAUGUUCAAAACAUUUUGUAGAACAGUUUGUACAACCCUCAAAAAGAUCCCAAGCUGUGCAAGACAUUUUUAAAUACUAUGGGGGCAAACAAACAAACAAACAAACAAACAAACAAACAAACAAACAAACAAACAAACAAAUAA